GUUUGACCAACUUUUUAUUUGUCAAAAAAAUCUUACAAAGAAAAUGAAACGAAUAUUUGAUAGAGAGCAAUGCCAUAUUUAAUAUACUUUAUUGUUUGCCUAUUUGUCGUCUGCUGUGACUUCGGCUCAAGCGAGGAAACGUGGCGAUACUCUGUCAGCCGAGUUGACGAUAGCAGGAGUGAUUUCACCACUAAACAUUCUAUCUCUGUUGAGUAUUUUGGCGUAAAAGAUGUUCAGUGGUGUCAUUCCCAUGGAUGUACGAUUAAUCAGUCGAGUUUAUCUGUGACGACACUACGUUGCCAAGAGGCUGGUUUUCAUGCCAUCAGUCCUGUUGGAAAUGGCUCUUUGGUGAGACACCUUGAAGUUAAAUACAGCCCUUUUUGUUAUGAAUGGAACCACGCCCUGGAAAGGAACACAUCUCCUAGUACACUAAGGCUAUGGAUUACAGAUGACUUACAUGCCUCACAAGAUGAAUUACAAGAUACUGCUGCCGUACCCUCCUUGUUUUCAGGGCGACUCACUAAGACCUUCCAUAAGCUUGGUCAAGAGCCGUCAGUACACUUGACUUCUGGUUAUAGAUAUGUAGACGAACCACAGGCGUACCACAACAGCUCCUUUAAUAAAGAGCUCAGUUGCUGGGAAUAUCGCGAUUUUGCAUUCAGUCAUCAGUCCGCGCUGUGGAUUAGCGGCAAAUCCGUGGCUCUCCAUGACUGUUUUGUGAGGUCCAAAGCUGUGGAGUUGAAGCACGCGAAGCCUGCCCUGCUCAUUGAACCUGCAAGCAAUAAGAUAAAGCUACAAGGAGACGGAAAGGCUGCUCGUAUAAUUAAGGACCCUUGUGCCUCGCACAUUGCAGUAUUAAUCAGCUCUGAGUUGAAAAUCACACAAGACAACUUCCGUACUACUUCGAGUUUGUAUGUGUUACAAGAUCUUCUCCAGGGUGAGCCGCCGAUUGUCCAAGAUGUCACGUUCUCAUCAGAGUACUUAGUAGUGUUGCUGCAGUCCGGAUUAGUAUUAUCUAUCAGUGCCGUCACACCAGACACUGCCAUUCUGUCAUCAGGCAUGUCUGGCGUCACAAUCUCUCAUCUAUCCAAGAGGUCUUCAUGUGUAGAAAGGAAGAGCGGGCAGCAGAAAGCUCCUGAUGUCAUUGUUGCUUGGACAAAUGAGGGUGGCGUCCCACGUGUGUACAUCACAGAUAACAAUAUGACACAGUUCGCUUUACUUGACGUUCCUUGGCCAUCAACAGCCUCUGAUUGGAUCCUUCACGACGUUGUCAUCAACAGCUUCUUCCACGAUACUUUCUUUUUAAUCAGGAAACCCUCCUCUGCCCAGCCCCUUCUUUUGGAACUGAAGGCCGACGGAAAUCAGACAUGGAAAGAACAUACGCUUCCGUUUGCAUUAUUCUCUCCAGGGUCUUCGCUCAAAAUUGCCUUUCAUCCUCCAAGCUCACAUUUCGUAGUAGUUUGGAGCGAGACCUCUGCAUUUUACGGAGCGAUUAACGGUGACGGAAGAGAGCUAGUAGUUAAACACCAAGACUCAGCAAUCGCAAUGCCAACCGGCAACAACACUAUCAAAACUGUGGCCACUGUCGAGUCGGGUGGUUUCAUCCUCCAUCUGUCUAAUAACAAGAUGUUUUAUGGAAGAAUUGGAGUCCAAUACAUUGUCGAGGUUCACCCGGGAGAACUGUCCUCUACCGACAUGGCGGCCAUGUUCGAUCUCAUUGGAGGGUUGUUGCUUGUCAAGAACGAAAGCUUUGAUGGAAGCCUCAGCCGUCGUUACCUUCCCCUCAAGAACGAGGCCAUGAGCGCCGUUUACCCCGACACCGAGUGCCCAUACAUCAAGUUCUGGACAAGUAUUCCACGCGAGCUGACGUACAUUGACAAGGGGCAGUCACUGACGGGCUGGGUCGCCUUGUUGUACCGGAAAAUCGCGCAAAUUGAUAUCACGCACCACAUUUUCGGCUCUGGAAACUUAGAUCUCAUUAUGGGUGAAUCCAUCGAGUAUUUUUCACACAGAGUUCUGAGAAAUAAGACUUUUACCUUUCGAGAAAAGAGAUAUUGGGAGGACAACGGGACAGACAGUGAAGAUAUCUCAGGUCCUUUGUCGGUGACGUUUCGUCCGGAGAAGAUCGGUCUGACGUGUAGAGAUCCCUGUCAAGAGACGCUGUUACUACAAGUUGGCUGCCCGCCGAUACGCCAUAUCAGGAUACGUAACUGCUCCAUGCCUGCUAAACCAGAUAACGUUACGGACAUAGUGGCCUACUACAAGGACCAAGUCCAAUGCACGCUGUCGGUUGGAGUCGAUACCAAAUUGCGGCUAAAAGUUGACAUGUAUGAUGACAAGCAUAUUGUGCAUGAGGUGGUGCAAGAUUACGUGCUAGAGGAGAGGGAUCUGAAGACAGGUUAUGGCUACACAGCCACCAUGAAUCAGGUGGGGUGCAAGCGGGAAGCACAGACGUGGGCUUCGCUAUCCGAGAAAAACAUGACUUGGGAUCAGAACAGCCACAAGACCUGCUUUAUAGACGACGGGAACCCUGUUUCUUUUGAUGGCAGUAAAGCUUACGAGGUCCUGAAUAGCAGUGGGACUAAUCACGUGGUCUUCAGCAAGCCCGGCCUCUAUCAAUUCACCCUCACCGUGAUCGACCCCAGCCUGAGUUUUUGCUCGCUUUCCGCGCAGUUCUUGGUGGAGGUGGCGCCUGGAGAGGAAAAGAAACAGUUCCUGGCGGAAGCCAUCUGCAUGGCGGUGGUGGCUUUGCUUUCUUUUGUCCUCUUGUGUUUUAGCUUUCUUUUGUAUCGCAAGGAGACAUUAGGGGAACACGAGCAGGAUAGGCAGGUUGCCGAGAGGCUCCAACAACUAAGAACUAUCUACAAUGGAGCGCGGACGUCUCUUGCUACAGAAGUAGUUGCUAGACGAUCAACAGCCAGAAGUCGGCAUAGCAUCAGACGAGCCUCUGGUACAGCAGAACUGCUCGGACUAGGACCCAGGCCGUCAUCCUCGUCUAAAUGCCACGAAAAUAUAUGUCCAACAGACGAAGACCAUAGAAGAAGAAGAUCCAGAGGAAGAAUAGACAUAAGGGAAACAUAAAAGGGAGCUCAAACAUGUAAAGAGCCCCUAACACAAUGUUUAGAAAACACUGCUCUGGCUUACAGCGCGUAAAAGAUUUUCCCGCCAAAAAAUUAGAGUUUCCCGUAAUGAUCGCCGGCGCGCUUGACAGCCAAAUGUUCUGCGGUUACAAGCUUCAACUCUCUUAUGUUAGCCAAGCCGUACAUAUGUUAAAAUUUUAAUACAUUUAUAAAACGUUAUCCUUUUGAAAUAAAGCUUUUCCGUGGUUUGGUUAUAACCCUUGCUAUA